UUGGACGAGCCGGUGGUCACCGGUGCUCUCUCUGUCGUCGCGCGCGCGGAACACCUCGAGUUGCGCUCGUUCCACGUACAACACCUGCCGAACGGACGAUUGCUCGCGAGUAACACGGUCCGUUGAUCCGUGACUCCUUCUGGAAAGUGUCCUUCGCGGUCUUUCUCCGUCGAUCGCCGCGCCGACAACGGUCAAUCCAGUUUUCGGGGUAAAAAGGGAGCGGUAACCGAAACAUGGACGGUAACGAUAUGUCCAGCAGGCUGCCUCGAGUCCACACGAAACAAGGAGCCUGAUCGUAUCCCAAAAACAGGUCGAAGGAAUCUCGAGUGAUCGUGACUAAACCGCCAGCAACAUGUUGCUGCCCCAGGACAUGAUGGCAGCGCAGUCGAAGAUGCUGUACCAAAUGAACAAGUACUACGGUGAACGGGUGCAAGUCCGUAUGGGCCAGGUACAGAAAACCAUCCGCGAAGUGUGCAAGGUGGUACAGGACGUACUGAAAGAGGUCGAGGUUCAGGAACCCCGGUUCAUCUCCUCCCUGACCGAGUGCAACGGCCGCUACGAGGGCCUCGAGGUGAUCUCGCCUGGCGAAUUCGAGGUGGUCCUCUACCUGAAUCAGAUGGGAGUGUUCAACUUCGUCGACGACGGCACCCUGCCGGGCUGCGCCGUGCUGAAGCUCAGCGACGGACGGAAGAGGUCCAUGUCGCUCUGGGUCGAGUUCAUCACCGCGUCCGGUUACCUGUCCGCCAGAAAGAUCCGCUCGAGAUUUCAGACGCUGGUGGCGCAGGCCUGCGACAAGUGCGCCUACAGGGACUCCGUCAAGAUGAUCGCGGACACCACCGAAGUGAAGCUGCGCAUCAGGGAGAGAUACGUGGUGCAGAUUACGCCGGCGUUCAAGUGUUCCGGCGUGUGGCCUAGGUCCGCCGCCCAUUGGCCGAUCCCUCAUAUACCGUGGCCGCAUCCGAAUCUCGUGGCAGAGGUAAAGACAGAAGGAUUCGACCUGUUGUCGAAGGAGAGCGUCGCUCUUCAGGGGAAACAGUCAGCCAUGGAGGGCGACGCGUGGGUUCUAUCCUUCACCGAAGCCGAGACGAGACUCUUGCAGGGUGGUUGUCGCAGAAGAUGCCUGAGUAUAUUGAAGACACUGAGGGACAGACACCUGGAUCUUCCCGGCAAUCCAGUGACCAGCUACCACAUGAAAACCUUGUUGCUCUACGAAUGCGAGAAGCAUCCUCAUGAAACCGAAUGGGACGAAGGAUGCCUGGCGGACCGUAUCAACGGCAUCUUUCUGCAACUGAUAUCUUGUCUUCAGUGCCGGAGAUGUCCCCAUUAUUUCCUGCCCAAUCUGGACCUGUUCAAAGGGAAAUCGCCGAGCGGCUUGGAGAACGCCGCCAAACAAGUCUGGAGACUCACCAGGGAGCUACUGACCAACAGUCGAGCACUGGAGAAACUUUAGCCGGAAAGUUUACGGGGAUGAAGAAGUUUUCUUUCUUGCAGAGAGGAUUCGCGAGGUGGUUCGCGUGAAUCACGCGCUCGGGAUUACUGCUUUUACGCCGGCUCUUAACCCGCUUUUUAUACUUGCCGUGAACGUGGACUGUCUACUUUCACCCGUUAUUUUCUAAUAGCAGCUUGACCGUAUCGGGGUCCGGGAAUGGUGUGUAACCAGCAAUACUAGAGCCGUAGACUUUAAUCGUUGUUUUCGUACGUGUUUGGUUAGUAAACGGCACGGACACGUCGGAGUUGGACUUCGAUCAUUGGUACAACCGCGCGUUCCGGGGUGCAAUAUCUUUCUCGAGGUUCUGUUUCGGCCGGGGGCACAAUUGUUGCUAGGUUUUAGUUCGAUCCUGCGCGAUUUCGGAGUUGGAAAUCCUUUUGUUAAAUUCUGUUGAUGGAAUUUGGAAGCGUGACAUUUGAAAUUCGCCGCGGUUUCUUCAUUUACGGACGAAGCUUUCGCUUGCUGCCGGAGCCUCGCGCUUAUUAACGCAGAUUAAACGGCGCUGGCCCGAUUGUCUACACAGCAUUACGAUAUACGAAACGAUUAAUUAACUGCUCUGUUAGCUACUCUUACCUGUUCAAAUAUGGCUGAUGUGAAUCGUCGUGUGAUCCGUUGUCGUUAUUAAUCUAAUGUUUAUAAUCGGUUAGCGGCGAGCUUCCGACGGUAGUUGGACACUACGCAUUGUUAUAUGUACAUACUUUUUUAUAUUAUUUAAACGAUAUUUAUUUU